UGCACCAGUGCACUCCCUAACCUCAUUCCAAUUACACGACUCGCUGCAUGACAUGACUCGGUACCAAAAAAAAAAAAAAAAAUCUGAUUCAGAUUCAUACUUUAUUGAUAACUUUAUUGGAAAUUUUCUUUACAGUUUGCGCACAUGGCACAUAUAUGAAGAUAUAACAUAUAAUACCCAGCACAAGUCACAAUAUCACAAAUAUCAGAAACCGGUGCAGGAGAGAUAUGAUGGUGGAAAACCCUAUACCUCCUGCUGAGGUUGUUCAGGGCAGAUAUGGCUGUGCCCUUUUACUUUUUAAGUUAUUUGUCUGUAAAACCAGGGGAGGAGUGUGAAAAAUGGGAUGCUUUACGGGUCAUGGCGGUGUUGACUAAAGCUGGUAGGUUGGGAGUGGGGAGGCCGAUUAAUUUGGAGCAUGUGUGGGGGAUUUUAAGUAGUGUGUUUCUGUUGGUGAUGGAGAGCAUGGUGAAGUAACAGGUGUCACAGUACAUGAUGACGGGUUCAAUAAUGCUGCGAUACAGAAGGAGUAGAAGGUUGGGGCUUGACUGAGAGGGACCUGAGUGUGCGGAGGGGGUAGGGUCUCUGCUGGCAGCGCUUGUGGAUGUCUGUGGAUGUAUUUUCAUGUGUUAAAUGCCAACUCAGCUUCUCAUAAUCAUGUGUUUGUAUCAUGAUGAUAUCAUGAUGGAAAGGCAAAUGUUCAUGUUUACACUCUAUGUGUAGGCUUUAGUCAGACAUAUGUAUCUAUUUUUAUCUCAUUCCUCCUAUCCUCUCUCUUCUCUCUCUUUUUCUGUCUCUUCUGUCUCUCCCAGCCGACCUCAAGCAGAUGGGUCCCUCCAUAUGUGUUGGGUUCUGCUCAAGGUUUCUUCCUGUUAAUGGGGAGUUUUUUCAUACUGUAACAAAAACAAAGCUUUUCCAAAACGGUCUCAGCUCUGUAUAUGUGAAAACGGAGGGAUGGGGUGCUGGUAUUUUAUAAAACAGGAGAGGAAGCAAGAAUCACCAUGAGCAACUUCAUUGAAAGCGUCAGCUUUGACUUGGACUCGUGUAUGAAGUGAUCAGAAAUUGGUGAUCGGAGGUCAAAGGUCACAGUGAUUUUACAAAUCAAGCUUUUGAAGUCUGAUACAAGAAUAUUUGUAUAAUAGUUGCACAAGAAGACUUCUGUCUAUCACAAACCUGUUGGUUUUGGUGAUACUGACAUUCAGGGGAUUGUCGUUGGACUAGAUGAGAUAUCUCUCUUUCAGUUCUUUGUAAAAACAGCCUUAAAUAUCAUAAAUUGCGAAAAUACCAGCUGAGAUAUUCAAACAACCAUUUUCCCUCCGGAAAUGUAGUUUCCUAACUGUAACGAUUUGAACAGAUGUGUCUUUGUGUCACUGUUAAAUCCACAGAGACCAAACAUACAGCAAGCACAAGUACACACAAAGUAAACAGACAUUUCUCUCCCCAUGAGAGAAGCUAGACACGGACGCUAACCUGUAAACUGUUUAUGUUGUUAUCAAGCUUUAUUUUAUCUAAGUUCAUAUUUGAGUCAUAAUUUCACACAGGCUUAAAACGGACACAUUUUUGCAUUAGAUUUAAAUUUGUAAAUAAACUGAAUAAAGUAAAAUACAUACUACAUCAGGAAAAAAUUUAGUGCAUCAGAAAAGUUUUUAUUUUCAAUCGGCCUCAGAUUUGUCAUGACAGUCACUGAAUAUAUUAUAAUUUAUUUUUCUUUGUAACACUUACACAACCACACACACAAGAGGCAGCUUGGCAUCUUUUGAGAAAAUCAGUAUGUUCGUUAGAGGUCUGCCACACAGCGCCACUUCCUGGAUCCCUGGGCAAAGUUUAGCAUUUCACUCUGUGAUUGGUGAAUAACCUCCUCCUGAGCUUUACUGGGAAACGCAACAUGACAAACAACUAAACCAGCCAAUUAGAGACGCUGCGUCUUCUGCCUCAACCCAAACAGGUGUUCUGACUGGCAGUCUACCCAGACUCCUCCCACACCUCCCUCAGUGACAGCGUGGGAGACGGUUCAAAAUGUGAAAGCUCACCUGAAAAGCUCCUCUUUAAUCCUUCCCUCUGUUAAACGCGCACAUACACACAGAGGCAGUGCAGGCGCGUAGCUGUGACACAUUAACCUACUAACCUGGCUGUUGAAGCCAUGUCACACACACAGAGAAAACUCACUCAGAAUCCUCUGGAGAAGACAUGGGUUCCAUGGAUGAAAAGCAGGCUGAGUCAACGCAGAGGCUCGUCUGUGCCUCAGUUCACCAACUCCCCCACCAUGAUAGUGAUGGUGGGACUUCCAGCUCGAGGAAAAACGUACAUCUCUAAAAAGCUCACCAGAUACCUGAACUGGAUCGGGGUUACAACCAAAGUCUUUAAUGUUGGCCAGUAUAGAAGGGAUGCCACACGUUCCUACAACAGCUUCGAGUUCUUCAGACCAGACAACGCUGAGGCCAUGAAGAUACGCAAAGCCUGUGCCCUUGCUGCUUUGCACGAUGUCUCUGAGUACUUCAACAGAAACCUGGGUCAGGUCGUGGUGUUUGAUGCCACCAACACGACUCCAGAGCGCAGAGAGGUCAUUCUCGGUUUUGCCAAAGAAAACGGAUACAAGGUUUUCUUCGUGGAGUCAAUAUGCAAUGAUCCAGAAAUCAUCGCUGAGAAUAUUAAACAAGUGAAGCUGAGCAGCCCGGACUAUGUAGACUGUGACAAAGAGGAGGCAGUAGCUGACUUCUUGAAGAGGAUUGACUGUUACAAGCAGACCUACGUUCCUUUGGAUGACGACAAGGACAGGAAAUUGUCUUACAUUAAAAUCUUCAACGUGGGUAGCAGAUACCUUGUAAACCGGGUCCAGGACCACAUUCAAAGCAGGAUCGUCUACUACCUCAUGAACAUCCACGUCACCCCAAGAUCCAUCUACCUGUGUCGCCAUGGAGAGAGUGAACUCAACCUUGUGGGUCGCAUUGGGGGCGACUCUGGGCUCUCGUCUUCUGGGGCAAAGUUUGCCAGUGCUCUGGGUACAUAUAUGCGUGAGCAGUCUAUCAGUGACCUGAAGGUGUGGACGAGCCACAUGAAGAGGACCAUCCAAACGGCAGAGGCUCUGGGAGUCCAGUACGAGCAGUGGAAAGCCCUCAAUGAGAUAGACGCUGGGGUUUGUGAGGAGAUGACAUAUGAGGAGAUUCAGGACCAUUACCCCGAGGAGUUUGCACUGAGGGAUCAAGACAAGUAUCGCUACCGCUACCCCAAAGGAGAGUCGUAUGAGGACCUCGUCCAGCGCCUGGAGCCGGUCAUCAUGGAGCUGGAGAGGCAGGAGAACGUUUUAGUCAUCUGUCACCAGGCUGUCAUGAGAUGUCUGCUCGCCUACUUCCUGGACAAAAGUGCUGAUGAGCUGCCCUACCUGAAGUGUCCUCUCCACACCGUUCUCAAACUCACCCCAGUUGCCUACGGUUGUAAAGUGGAGUCUGUCUUCCUCAAAGUUGAAGCUGUGAACACGCACAGGGACAAGCCAGUGAAUGUGGACGUGGACAGAGAACCGGCGGAGGCUUUAGAGACGGUCCCUGAGCACAUCUAGAGGAGGACGCGCAGCAGGUGUCAUCGUCACUGAUGGAAAGUGGCCUUUUAAUUUUUUUUUUUAAUUUAAGUAAUCCUAGAAAUUGUUGUCAUUGUGUAAAUGAGACAUUUAUCCUAUGGCAGCCUAGUUCCCUUGUAAAUGCACUUUAUAAUGCAGGGCUCAGGCCAAAUGUCUGGAAUAUAGUGCUGAACACUGGCCAGGUGACUUGUAGCACUGUUUGGAUAAUCUUAAACAUUUCUACUAGUUUAUCUCUCCCCUAACUGUGAUGGAUUAACCAAUGUGAAACCAGUCAGUUCUAACUUGAUCUGAUAAGUGGGUCUGAGCCAUAAAACAUGUUUUCUUGUGUGUCUACAUUAUAACACCACUGAUCAAGUUUGGUUUGUGAUUGGCUGUGGUUUGGUUAAUGGAAGUCACAGGAGCACAGAAUCUGGACCUCCAUAGGAACAUUUUGACAAUAGAGUUUUUCACUUUCUUACCGUGAGUAAGACAAGAAGAUGGCCAGGGCUCUAGUUUCUGUCUGUUCAAUAUGAAGUAGUGCAUUAGUUUAGCUUAGGUUAACGACUCGUAAAUUACAUGUUUUUUAAUUUAUGAAUUGUGCCCUAAUCUGCACAAAAACUAUAAAAAUGUUUGACGGAUCUGAUACCCUGAACUAGUUUUUAAUUUGUAUUUGGUGCCUUACCAAAUAGUGCGAAAAAGCAGCAGAUUCUACUAAUGAAAUAUUGGUCCACAGCGCUACUAGUGGUCAAAAACUUUAUGAGCUUUAUCCAAGAUGUUCCUCGAAUACUGUGAGUUUCUAAAUAUUCAAGUGUAUUAUUAAAACAAUAUUUACAUGCCCAUAUGUAGUGGUACCUAUAGGUUACUUCUGUCCUUACAAGCUCCAUAGACUCAUUUAAAAACAAAAACAGACACAUUGAUUAAAAAUGAUGAACUGCUGAGCUUCAGCAUUGUAAACCUACUGUUUAUUUUAUAGAACUUAAUAUUUACAUAGCCGCAUUGGAGAGAAAUGCUAAUAAAUUGCUAGUUUCCUGGAAAUCUAACAAGAUUUGCAGUAAUUUGCAUUGGAAACUUAACUACUGUGUAACUUCCGCAAAACUCUUCCACUUGACUUACGGGCGUGGGAAUACUGUCUUAGGACACUUGAAAUUGCUGCCAAACUAUUCCUAGAACUUGAACUGGCCAGUGGGUUUGGGACCCGUUAUAGUCAUGAGCUUUACAUACACCAAUACUCCAGUUAUUCUGAAAACAACAAUAUUCUGAAUUUAAUACGGAUAUACAGAACAACCUGCAGACAUGUAAAAGCAACCGCUUGUCCAGGCAACUCCACAUUUGUCCUUUUUUUCUAAUAUUGCUGUCAACAGAUUGAGACGUGUCCUAUGCUGAUACUGGAGCAUUAUUUGGAAGUGAAUGAGAUGCCUGCCAUGUGUAUUGUGCAUAAAACCACAACAGUCUCAUGUAUCGCAGAGGGGAACUGAAGGACGUGAACAUGGAGGCUGUUGGAAAUCUGCUGCUGCAUGUAAACAGGAACAGUAGUGGGUGAUUCACUUUCAUUUAACCAUGCAAACUGCUGCACUGGAAUAUUGUCGUUUUCAGAAUAAGGGAUAAAAAUAUAUACAUAAAUACUGUAGAUGUGAACGUAGUGAAUGAUUUGGUGCUGUUUUUUUCUUUCAUAUAAAUGUCAAAUGAAAGAAGUCUUGAUGCAGUAUCAGGCAAACACCCCCACAGUCCUCCGAGUGUAAAACUAGAGUGGACAUCUGGCCCUUUAAAAUGCCCAAUACCACCAUGUGCCUCAUAAAUAAAAUCUACAUCUACAAGCUACUCUAUGCACCCUCCAGAGACACACUUGUCCUGUGUGUGCUGCUGUGUGUGUGUGUGUGUGUUUUUUCUUUUUUUUUUAGUGGAGUCAUUUAGUACUUGGAUCUGGUGCAAUAAUAACACAUAUGGUGAAUCUGUUGCUUGUUCUUUUUAAUAUGUGAAAAUAUUUUAAAGGUGACGGGCUGAUUGUGAAACUUGAGAAACUUCACUGACUGUCUGUGGUUGUGAUGAUCUGUUCAGUGUGUCAAUGUUGUGGUCAUGUUUAUCUCUGAGUUUAAAUCAGAGGCCUGUAUCAGCUUAGUCUGGCUGUCUUUAGGUCACGCGUCAAUGAUCCUGGAUCACCAGUAUCAUGAAUUUACCGACUGGCUCUGUUGAUGUCCCAUGUACUAAUUCAGCUAAAAGCGUUUUCACCUGUAAGAUUUGUACUUAUAAGCUUUAUUAUUGGUAUCGCACAAAAGCAGAAAGCAGUGCCGGAACUACGGGCUGUAAAGAAAUAAUGACAAAAUAGUAAAAAUAACAUUUUCACUAAAUCAAGUUUAAAUGAUCCAUUAUUCAGAAUAGUAUAUCAUUUCACGAUGGCUUUAAUUAUUUAACAUUUCAACUUUGGUGUUUUUGUAUUGUAAACUAAUAAAGUAGCUGAUAUCAUACAGAUGAGUUCUUUUAAAUGAUAGCUUCACAUGUAACUUAAACUGUUAAUCCAAAGUAGUUUACAACCCUAACCUUAAACCGUUGGAUGCAUAUAGGCACAAAAAAAAUAAACUUCCUUUCAGAGAAUUAUUUUGUUAUGCAAAAUCAUACUGACCUGUGAAUCUCUAUAUUUUCUUGUGGUGGCUGUGCAAUAUUUCUAUCAAGGUCAUCAUGGUGAUUUAUGGUCUCAAAGUGUGCCAGUUUCACAAUACUGUACCUGAAAACCUGAGUUACACCCACAGAUGGCCAACUAACACGUUCAUGUUGCCAUGUAAAACGGGUCUCUGGUUUUCUAGUUUUUGAAACCUGAGAGCAAUAAAUAAAAUAAAUUCCUCAGGGAUCCUUAUUUUGAUUAAAAGGGAUGAAUGACAGUGUAAAUAAAUAUGUGUCCUUCUGUCCACACAGUGUGACCAGUGUCUCAGAAAACUAGCAUUUUAAGAUACUGGAUUGUCUUGUUGAAACACGUUCAGUUCCUCCUGUCAGUGUCCGGAGAGUAACUUGGUGCUUCCUGUUUGGUCAGAUCAGGCCACAGCUGUCAAACUGCUCUUCUCUUGUCUGUGCAAACAUGUAAUUGUGCCUGAGCUGUGCAAUAUGUAGCAGCUGAGUUGUCAGAGUGACACCAAAAGCAAACAGUGUCUUCUUGUGCAAUAUCAACGAGAUCACUAGAGAGAAGGAAUCGAAACCUUGUCAAUGCAAUCACAGUUGUUGUUGGGACUAUUAGAAAAUAUUUUAUUUUAUGAACAAAUAACUGUUACCUUAAUGUGAAUUCAAUAAAAAGAAAACUGCUGA